AAUAAAUUAAAAAAUUACAUUGUUUCAAAUAUUUAAAUUAAUAGCAUAGACAGUGCUAAUCGCAACUUUUCAUCACGGCUGUCACACCUAAGUCCCUUUCCUGCUAAAUAAAGCGUACCUUCAGGCACAUAAUAAAUUCUUUGGCUAUGUUAAAGCUUUGCAAAAUAUAUGGCUGCAUUAAUGGCACACUUGGUCUGCAUUUGAGUCGCGCACCUUGGGACCCAUACCCAUGGGUUAGUAAUGUGCAGAAAGGUUCUAGCGCUUAUCGUGCUGGCUUACGCACAGGUGAUACGGUUUUGGAGUUUAAUGGCUGUGAUGUUUUGGGCCAGAAAAUUUUUGAGAUUGCAGCUCGUCUGCAGGAACAUUGGCAAAGUGGUGCCAGUUAUGUAACUGUGGUUAUAUGGCGCAACAAAUCCAAUACAACAGUUGGCUUGACAGCAAAUGGUGAGGUGGUGGAGUAUGAAGAUGAUGUCGAUAACGGUGGUGAGGAUGAUUGCGAAGACGGCAAUGCGCAUCACGGCAUUAAUCAACAAUCCUUGCAAAAGUUUGCUACAUGCCUGCAACACAUUGCCCAAUUAUUGGAGUGUCCUGUAUGCCUUGAGGUCAUCAAACCACCAGGUUGGCAAUGCUGCAAUGGACAUGUACUGUGCAAUAAUUGCCGCAGUCGUUCUGUCAAAUGUCCUGUCUGCCGAGUGCCGUUGGGACCCAGAGGCAGGUGUCUGCUAUCUGAUAAAUUGUUUACACUACUAGCAGACAAUUUUCCAUGUGAUGGUGUGAAAAGCAACAAGAGCACACCAACCCAGCAGAGGAAAUGCACAGCGGAUUAUCAUAAUCACCCAAAGAUGGCAAUUGCAACAAAACCGUGCGAACAGCAACAAUUUCAACAGCAAAUUAAAACCAAAGAAAUUAAGAAAAAGUUUAAAUCCUUAUAUCGUCAACAGGAGCAACAACAACAACAACAGCAGCAUCAACAACAACAACAGCAGCUGCAACAACAGCAGCGAUGUCAGUCUCCACGACAAGAGCACAAGACUCAUCAACAACAGCACAAUUGCCAAGAAAAACUUAAUAAAAAUGGCAACACACAGGAUGCGAUGGUUACUGUUGUUGUGAAUGAUGUUGCUGUGGUGAAGAGUGUUGCAGAAAUUUUGCUAAGAGAAGGGGAACAACAACAACAACAGCAACAGCAAGAACAACAAGAACAAUUAAAAACAACAGUGCAAUAUAAUUGUAAAGUUCCAGCCGAAACUAAUAGCAACAAAAGUGACACAAGUAGAAGCAAAAAUAACAACAACAAUAACAAUAAUAGUAUCUGGAACAGCAACAGUAGUUGCAAUAGCAACAAUGAAGCUGACACUGACAAUAACAUAAGCUUGCGGCGUAAAAGUCGAACAACCAAAGUCCAUCAACAUCAACUAAACGAGAUGAAAAUAUUAAAAAGUCACGAGCAAAAGCAAUUGCUUAACAACGACAAGAACAACAAGAACAACAAUAACAACAACAGCAAUAGAAACAUUGACAGCAACAACAAUGAAAGCAUUUCUGAUAACAAUAACAAUAGCCACAACGGAAUAGCAUUGUCCGUAAAAAUGUCCAGUGCAAGUGUCAACAAUACAGUCCAAGAUUCUUAUAACAUUAAUAGCAACAACAACAGCAAUAGCAACAACAACAGGAACGCUUCCAACAAUAAUAACAACAACAAAAACAAUGUUGAUAGAGAAUUGCUCGUUAAACACAAGUUAAAGUCAAACAGGAAAGCUACAGAUUACUACAUGUUCAAUGUUGACGAUGAGCAAAAGACGCAUCACCACCAGCAACGGCAACAACAGCAGCAGCAGCAAGAACCAAGCAAUAACUAUAGCAGUAAUAAGAUUAGGGUCCAAAGUCACGAAUUGGAAGACGAUGAAGUUACAAUUGUAAAUAAUGGAAUGCCAACAAAUAAACUACAACAGCGACAACAAAAACACCAACAACACCAACAAUAUCAACAACAACAAGAAUAUCAGCAACUAAAUCAGCAACAACAAUAUCACAAUUAUCAUUGCCCUACUGGGAAAUCAUGUAGUUGCAGCUACGUGAAAACUUCCGGCACUGCAAUGGCAGUGACUAAGACAGCAAUGGGGGUUGCAAUGUGCAACAACAGCAAUACAAAUAAUAACGUUAGCAGCGACAACAACAUAAAUAAUAGAAAGAACAACAACAGUAAGUUGUCAACAACAUGGAUGACAAAUGGUAUAAAGUUAUCACAAUUUGAUACUGCUGCUACUCUCCCCAUAAUGAGUGCGACUGUUGCUAGUUGUGAUGAACUCAUGUACCAAUAA